AUGAUAACAGUUUCCGAUUGGAUCCGUUCAUCUUCGAAUCAACAAAUCGAUUUGUACAAGCAAUGGUUCAACAUUGCUGAUUCAGAUGGUGAUGGCCGUGUCACUGGAAAUGAUGCUACAAAGUUCUUCGCUCUUUCCACCUUGUCUCGCCCUCAACUCAAGCAGGUUUGGGCGAUUGCUGAUACCAAGAGACAAGGUUUUUUAGGGUUUGAAGAGUUUGUUACUGCAAUGCAGCUCAUUUCUGUGGGACAGGCAGGGUAUGAUCUCAACUCGGAUAUUCUAAAAACUGAAAUUGACAGCGAAAAGAUAAAAUCUCCAGUACUGGAAGGAAUUGAUGCAUUAGUAGCAAAUUCAAAGAGUCCCACAAAAAAUGCACAACCUGAUGUAUUUGGGACUGGCCAGCUUCAGCCUUUUCCACGAGUUGCUUCAAAAUCUGCAAAGAAGUUACCCCUCAAUGCGGUGACAUCAAUAAUAGAUGGCUUGAAGAAAUUGUAUGUGGAGCGGCUAAAACCGUUGGAGGCUACUUAUCGAUUCAAUGAUUUUGUAUCUCCAUUAUUGACCAACAGUGAUUUUGAUGCUAAACCAAUGGUCAUGCUACUCGGUCAAUAUUCUACUGGAAAAACAACAUUUAUUAAACAUUUGCUAAGAUAUGAAUAUCCAGGGGCGCACAUUGGACCAGAACCUACAACUGACAGAUUUGUCGCUGUCAUGUCUGGAACUGAUGAGAGGAGCAUUCCUGGAAAUACUGUAGCUGUUGAUGCUAGCAUGCCUUUUAGUGGCCUGACAAGUUUUGGUAGUUCAUUUUUGUCAAAGUUUCAAUGCUCUCAAAUGCCACAUCCACUGCUAGAUGAAAUAACAUUUAUAGACACCCCUGGUGUCCUCUCUGGAGAAAAGCAAAGGACUCAACGAAGUUAUGAUUUCACCGGUGUUAUAUCUUGGUUUGCUGCAAAAUACCAAAUUGAUACUCAACAACUCAUGAGAGUUUAUGGAGCACUGAUGUGGUCCUUGGGAAAAGUUCUAAAUACCCCGGAAGUUGUACGUGUAUAUAUUGGCUCAUUCAAUGAUAAACCUAUCAAUGAAGGCUUUGUCGGCCCAUUAGGACAGGAGCUUUUUGAGAAAGAACAAGGUGAUCUCCUUUCAGAUUUGGCAGAUAUUCCAAGAAAGGCGUGCGACGGUCGGAUCAAUGAAUUUGUCAAACGUGCUAGAUCUGCUAAAAUCCAUGCCUAUAUAAUUAGUCAUCUUAAGAUGCAGAUGCCUGCAAUGAUGGGCAAAGCUAAAGUGCAACAAAGGCUUAUAGAUGAUCUUGAAGAUGAAUUUAAAAAGGUUCAAAGGGAGUUUCAUUUACCAGUUGGUGAUUUUCCUAAUGUAGAUCACUUCAGAGAGGUUUUGAAUACUUACAGCAUUGACAAAUUUGAUAAAUUGAAGCCUAAAAUGAUUCAAGCGGUAGAUGACAUGCUUGGUUAUGAAAUACCAGAGCUGUUAAAAAAAUUUAGAAAUCCUUAUGAGUAA